CUCUUUGGUGAUUCGCUGCUCGAAUUUCUGUAUUUUAAUAAAUUUCCAUGGAAAUUCAGGUGCAAAUAUAGCAAAAAAUCAGUGAAAAAUCCCGCGUUGGUGUCGACAAAUCAGCCGCCUUCACUUCAUCGUGUACAUACCGCGUUGUUAUUUAGAUUUUUUCUGUUAUAUUUAUUGUUGUUAUCGCAUAGCGAGCCAGUAAAUAACACAAAAAAUAAAAAAAAUAAGUGAUUACACUUUAAAAAGAAGAAAAAUAUUUAACAAAGUAGACAACAACAAAAAAUAAGCCAUGCUGAUGUCACGCAAACGCCCGCGAAGUGAUGAUGUGGAAGCACAAUCGGAACUGCAGCUUCAGAAUCACGAGGACAGCAGCAACAACAGCGACUCCCUGUUAAACGGACACAGUUUGACGGAAGACGAGCCGAAUGGCUAUUUGAAUGGCGAGGCAUCGUGCAGCGGCGUCGAAUACAGUCCGCCUGUGAAUGAGGAUAUCAACGAAGAUAGCGAAGAAAUGCACGAAAUAAGUCUUCAUGAACAGGCAUCGGAUCAAAUCACGAACGAUCUUGCCAACAUUUCGGUUACAAUUUGCAAGCCGGCUCCGUUUUCACACGAAACCGAUGCCAUUUUGGAGCGCGAUCAAUGCGAUUACACACAAAAGAUCACCUACAGCAUGGCGCGCAACGGCACAGCGCCGCGUCGAAUUCGUGUCUAUGCCGAUGGGAUCUACGAUUUGUUCCAUCAAGGACACGCUCGCCAACUGAUGCAAGCCAAAAAUGUAUUUCCCAAUGUGUACCUGAUCGUGGGUGUGUGCAGCGACGAGUUGACGCACAGCAAAAAGGGCCGCACCGUCAUGAACGAUAGCGAACGCUACGAAGCGAUCAAGCAUUGUCGGUAUGUCGAUGAAGUGGUGAAAGAUGCGCCGUGGAACAUCACAGACGACUUUAUUGAAAAGCACAAAAUUGACUUUGUGGCGCACGACGAGUUGCCAUACGGAUCGGAUGACAGCGAGGACAUCUAUGCGCCGCUCAAGCGACGUGGAAUGUUUGUUGCAACAGAACGAACAGAAGGUGUCUCAACUUCCGACAUUGUCGCUCGCAUCGUCAAAGAUUACGAUAUCUACGUGAGACGCAAUCUCGCCCGUGGCUAUACAGCAAAGGAACUGAACGUUUCAUUCCUGAAGGAGAAGAAAUUCCGGCUGCAAAAUAAAUUGGAUGAGUUUAAAGAUCGCGGCAAGAAAGUGAAAGGUGACAUCAUUAGCAAAUGGGAGGAGAAAUCAAACGAUUUCAUCAAAACUUUCCUGCUACUUUUUGGUCGUGACAGACUCUCAACCAUUUGGAACGAAUCGAAGGACAAGUUGCGCCUUGCGCUGAGCCCGCCCGCCAGCCCGAAUCACUCGAACGAAGACUCGAAUGAGGCAUGCGAUCAACCGCCGCCAACGAAACGUGCCUGUAUAUCGGGAAAUGCAGCAUCGAACUACGAUUCAGAUUCAGAUUAAAAUUCCACUAAAUUUUACUUACUAAACUCUUUUACGUUUUAGUCACCACUCUUAUAUUAUUUUAUCAUUAGUUAUGAAUUUACGUAUACUAAAUACCUAAAAACUACAAAAGGAAUGAAAACAGCUAUCAAAUUUUGAGAACUCAACCGAAAUUUUACACGAACUGUUGAAAGACUUGUUAAAAAGAAAAUAUUUAUUAAAAAAAUUAGAAUUCAAUAUUUCAUCAUCAAAACUACUCUGAAGAAAAAAAUAAAAAUAUGCCAAAUAACAGAAAAUAAAACUUUAUCUUUGUGAUAGAAGAAGAAGUGAGUUCGAUUUUUGUACAAAAAAGUCGUCAAAAGUAGCUCAAACGCGUCAGUAUCUAUCAUAAAAAAAAAAAUAAAAAUAUGUAAAAAAAAAAAUAUUUUAGAUCUAAGUAGCACCAUAAUUCGAAUAUACAUGUACGCUAUCCUCUUUAAUUUUCUAUACGUUAUUUAGUUUAACGAAUAAUUUUAUUUUAUUUAGCUUUGCAAGUAGUUGUUAAAAAACUUUUUCCUUCUGUGUAAUUUAUUAUUUAAUAUUUUAUUAUAUUUUUCGCGCUAUAUCUCUCUCGAUUUAAGAUGAAACACAAAGCUGGAUUAGAUGUUAAAAAGAAAAAAAAAAUUGUUGGUGUCACAUAAAAUGUACACAAAAAAGUUUUUGAAACUUUCUUCAGAUGAGGGACUUUUUGGGUUUUUUGUAAAAGGGGUUUUGAAAUACUUUUUGGACAAAAUAUGUACAACAAGACAAAUAAUGUUAAAAAAUUAAUACAAAAAAGAAAAAUAAAAAAUAAGCAGUGUGAAUGCUUUAAACAGUAAAAAACAAUUAUUGUAAUACAAUAUUAAAAAAAAAAAAUAAAAUAAAUUAAGUUACAGAAAUACCAAUAAAAAGAACAGUUGAU